AUGUUACCUACAAAACAAGGGGAUAUUUCCUGUUUUACACCUUUAGCCAAUAACAUUUGAGUCCGCUCAUCACGUGGGCCGCUAUAUGACGCCAUUUUUAUGCGACCUUCCCUGACAAAUACCUACAUGCGAAAGGUUGGACGUGCCGUGGUGAUUAUGGCUGCUGAAUCGUGAACAGUUUUUAUCCGGGAAGGUCUUGUCUCUUAUACCCGAUGGCCACUCGCCUCUUCCGAAGAUAUGCCUGCGUACUUUACAGGGCCUCCUCUCAUGCUCCAGCUCCACCUGCUGCCUCGCUGCCUCCAUCAGUCACCAGACCUGCAGAAGUGCAGAGAGCUCGGGGCUGGCUAUGGGCCACAAACAGGUUUCUAUGUGAGGGAAGUACAGAUAAGAACGAAGACCAUUUUCCAGCCAUUCCUACACCCACGGAGGUGGAUGAGUUAGUUGAAAAGGCAGCAGCACCAGAGGAGAUCCUGGAGGCUUGGGUAGCGCAUGGACAUAAUGGCAAUCAAGCUGCCAAUUACCUGGUAAGGUGGACUCUGCUGGUGUUGAAGACCAAUGGUAAAUUUACUGGGCAAACUCAAAAGCUGAUAAUGGAUUCAAGGCUACAGAACAUGAUGGAUACCAUAGUUAACCAGGUGCCUUCUGUGUGGAAUGGCAAUCUAGUGUCUGCCCUGCGAGCUCUGUGGAUUAUGCGUGUGCCCCCCAAUGUCAGAGUAUUGAGGAUUGUCCAGGUAGAGGUCUUGUGGCGAGUCCGCAGGUUAACGUACAAGCAGCUGGGCCUCCUAGCAGACUGGGGCUCUGGCAGGAAAGGCGAGCGGAAUGUGGCAAUAGUGAGGGCUGCAAUAAAACAAAUGGAACUGCGUUGGACUGAAAUUGCAGAUACGAAAACUGUCACUGCACUAAUGUCCAAAGGACAUCACCUGUCACCGACCUUGAUGGACAGAUUGGAGGACAAGGCUCUCGAGCUCGCAGAGGGCUUCUCAUCAGAAGACAUUCGCAAAGUUUGUGUAUCUCUGGCUUUUCAGAGCCGUAGGUGUGUCCCACUGCUCAGAGCUCUGUCCUAUCACCUCCUCCAGAAGCCAUCGUCAGAGUUCACUACUGCUCUGAUAGUGGACAUGGCUUAUGCUUAUGGGAAGCUGAGUUUUCACCAUUCUCAGGUGUUUCAGCGAAUGGCCUCAGAGUUAUUACCCAGAGUUCCUGAGCUUGUCCCUGCUGAUGUCACCCGCUGUGCUAAAUCUCUAGGCUUACUCAAGUGGCUCCAUAUCCCUCUGUUUGAGGCCUUUGCUGAGCACUACAUAGUAAACAGCGAGGGGUAUAAGACAAUCCAGCUCUGCAAUCUGCUCAUGACUUUUGCCAGACUGGGCUUCCAGCCCAGCAGAGGAGAUGCGUUCUUUAGCAAGAUUCACUCUGUGCUAGAGGACUCUCUCUCGGGCCUAGAGCCUCACCUGAAGACAGACGUGGUUUGGUCUCUGUGUGCGCUGCAGCAGAGCAGGCCCCACUACCUCAUCCUGCUAACACAACCAAGUCAUGUUGCCAAACUGUCAGAUGGCAAACAAGCUAAAACAGAGAAAUAUCAGCUGAAGUUGCUCCACAUCGCUGCCACUCUCUGUUUAGAGCAUUCAGGCUCCACACAUGCUACGACCUCCCCGCCUCUGCCUGUCCCGACCAGCAGCUCCAACCUGUCCCCUCUGCAGAGCAGUUUAAAAGAGGCUUUACUGAGUUUUGUAGGCCAGAGGACAGAGUUCCUCCGCACUGGGGUGGACACUGUAUAUGGAUGGACUCUUGAUGGUGAGCUGGUGCUGGAUUGUGACAACAAACCCAUAGACAUGUCAAUGCUCAAAGCCCCCCAUCUACCCAGCGGAAGAGGGGGCCAGAAUUUACCUAUGGGGGCUCACCGGCUUGCCUUUGUAGCUUGGGAAUUUCCUAACUUUUGCUCAAACAGUAAAGACCUUCUGGGAAGGUUUGCCAUGAUGAAGCGGCAUCUCCAGUUGGCCGGUUUCAUCGUAGUGGAGGUGCCGUACUAUGAGUGGCUAGAGAUAAAGACCGACCGUCAGAAACUGUCAUACCUUAAGGAUAAAAUGGGGAAGGCUGUGGCUGAGGACAUGGCCAAGUGAACUGGGUGAAAUCUUAAACAGAAUUUGCAGGAUCAGCUAAAUCAGCUUUCACUACCAAACUGGACCGCGGGGAAUACACACGCCCACGCUCACACUCAGAACAGAGCAACGCUGCAGAAACACUCUCAUACUUUGCUAGGGAAAAAAAUAUACCAUAUUUUCACUCUGGUUCCCUUGGCAACGUGUGGGGCUUUCCCUGUUUCCAUGGUGAUGAUGAGCAAGAGGUUUGGCGCCUGAGAGACAAAAAUAAGUUGUUCGGUAGAAAUUACAUGAUCAAGUCUUUGUAUUUGCCAGUGAAAUGUCGAAGAAGAGGUCGAAUUUUAGCCAAGCCACACACAUUAAAAAAUUCAUCAGUGUGCUUAAAUACCUAAAUUAUCAAUUUGAAUGUGAAGUCCUGCUAUGGAAUAAAUGUUUUAUUGCUA